CAUCCCACGUCUCAGUGUAUAUAAGCGCUCUCAUACUGGAGAUCCUCCUCUGCUUUGACAGGCGCUGAACGCUCAGCCUCUAGUACGAAAGCGCGAGCCCGGCGCACGUCAAAACCGCCCGCAUCUUUCCAAAGCAAGACCGAAACCGAAUCCCAGCAUCUUUUUUUGGUUGCUGUCCGAGGGUUCUCGUUUGUGCAGCGAGCUCCUAGACCAGUUCGGACUGUCUAAAAGCGGCUAGUGUUGAAGGACAGAAGAGGAGCUGGUUUCGAUAGCGGGACAAAAGAUGCUGCUUGGUCUUCAGUGACGGUUCUGGUCCACCUUAUGGGUUUUACACACAGAAACACAGCACUGCACUCGUGUUCUUGGUCACGAGUUUAAAACGGGAUCCGUUUGUGCUUCUUUUGUCUCCCACGUGCGAAAAAGUGGAUCCGAAUUUGAGGAGUGUCAGCGGAGCAGGCCUGUGCAAGACAGGGAGAGGAAAACUUCACAGAAGAUGAGGAAGAGCCGGAGUGUUCUAACUGUGUCACCUAAUGAGGAUAGUAAAGAGCCACCGGACAGCAGACUGAGUGAGUCUUUCACCUCUUCAGGUUGUACACUGGGGGUGGACCUGCGGCGACGACGGCGGCGGUUUUCUGGUAACUUACAGUUGCCUCCUUUAUCAUGGAGGCAGAUGGAGAGGUCUCGCAGUCCAGAUGACGAAUUCAUGGCAAGACCAACUACCCUGCCCUUCAUCACACCCCCGCGCAUUGAUAUCACGCCUGUGGACACCGAGUGGUGAGUCUCUCUUAGUCUGAUUGCAAAUCUGAUUUUACUUUAAAACUAUGAGUAGUGUGUGAAAUGUUUGACGAUAAGGAAUUAUUUCUGUUCUCUGAAGUUUAAAUAUUUUUGUGUUUGAGCUGAAAUGUUUGGUGGACUUGUUAAAAAAAAAUCAUU